ACUUAAAGCGGUAACGCGGGAGCGGGACCGCGCCUGCUGAUGUCUAGGGUCGCCAUGUUGGUGCGGGCUGGUGCUCGGCGAGGCCCGCGUUGUCCGCGGCGGUGCGGGACUGUCUGCUCCGCGGGGCCCGGCGGCCAGGGCAGCUCGGGCAGCUCCGCCUCGCUCUGCGCCCGGGACGUGAGGCUGCGCUGGACUGGGGCCUGUGGGAAGGUGGUGUGGCCACUGCUAUGGGUCCCUCCCUGCGAUGGGGCUGUCCCUUCAGAGACUGGCACAGCUUUGUGCGAUGUCUGAAAGCACUGAAACCCGAGUAAUUUCAAAUGUUAACUGCAGACUGCUGAAUUAUUUUAAGCCUUCAUACGACUCUAAAUUCAGCAUGAUUUUGAAGGAAAUGGGAAGAGUCUUCACAAAUUGGUUCUGCCCUCCUCCUGCCCAUGAAGAGGAGCUGAGUGACACCAGGGGAGAGGUACAGCACGCGCUGUCGAGUCCCGAUGCGGGUGGGAGAUCCCGUCUGCUGGUGUCGAACCGCCGGCUGCUCCAGCACAGCGGCACCUCCCGCAGUGGUCACUGCUGGGCACCUGAGGAAUUCGGAACAGGACACGCGCCUCCGGCUGGUUCCUCACAACACCCUGCAGCCCUCAGCAGCUCAGAGCUCCCGUGUUCCCGCCGCAGCCGCGCUCCUGGGCCAGAGCUGCAAGACGGCAUAGCGCAGAGCAACGAGACGCGUUCAGUUCCCUGCCACAGGAAAGGAGAUGGAGUGGCGGCUGUGACUGAGGAGGACAGACGGUACUUGAAGAACCAGCAGCUGCAGAGGUGUCCUGUGGCUUACCUGAGGCUGUGGUGCUUGUUGUUGAGAUACUCAGUGCCGCUGUUUAAGAACGUGCUUCAUGAUACAGUUUCUGUCUCCUGUUGUGACCAGAAAAUGUUUAAGAGAGCUUCGUCUGCAGGCCACAACAAUAGUUUUCAGAAGACGUUCUGAAGAUUGGAUUUGCCUCUGGAAUGGUUUUAAUCAAACUAUUUUUUCUGUCACUUUUUGGACACUUUACAGUUUUCAGUAACUGCCUUGAAUCAAGUCCAUAAGCAGGUCUAACAUGCCAAAAAUAGAUUAAUCUCAAGCCUCUAUUACAAUUACCACUUUGGAUUUUCUAUAUCACUUACCACUUAAGUGGUUUACAAGCAAUUACAGACUAAGUCUUCCAGAGCCUCUUGGAAGGAGCAUUUCCCAGACCUCUUUACAGUGAGAAACAGAGCGUUGGAGAGGGUCAGAUCCUGGUUGGCAAAUGCUGAGCUCCAGCACCCACCUUCAUGAAGAGCAGAAUGGAGGUUGUGCCUCUGGUAACAUGGCUUUGGCAGCCUUGCCCAAGGUAAUGUAGCAAUGGAGGCAGAAAAGGAGAAUCCAGAUUUUCCUGCCUUCAGUCCUGCCCGUGAGUGGGAGUUAGAUUUAGUCAGGCUGAUGCACUGCUGCUGACAAGCUCGCUGUUCUUGAGUGAUGCUGGUGAAGCCAUUAAGCCAGGUAUAUGGAAAGGUGGAUAGAUGCUGAAGUCAUUGCUCAUGUAAAAACAGCAUCUGAUGAGAAAGAUUAACUAAGUGUUUGGCAAGCUGCUUGCAGAAGUCAGAGUUAAUCCCUUCCCUUUGGCUUAGUACUGAGCAGAUUCAUUGUGAAUAACGGAAGCUGUUGCCAUUAUACCUGUGGUCUUUCCUUUGUUAUUGCCUUGAGGAACUGAUAAUUCUAACGUGAAAUUAAGAAUUACCUGAGGAUUGUAUUCAAUAAGGUAGCUGGGACUCUCCCAGCAAUCAGAAACAGAUACAAGUGUCUUUACGUACAUGUUUUCAUAACCAUUUUCUUGAACUUAAGUAGUUAUUUGGUUUAGGUACAUGGAAAUUAAUUUUGUGACUAGUCUUCUGUUGCAUUAGGAUUCCUUUAGAUUAUGUGCAGUGGAGGUUUGCUGUGAGUGUCAGGUCUGCUCUGGUUAUUUUGGCUGGGUGCGGGGAGGGCAGUGAUGUGGCCAUACUCCGUGCCAUGGCCUGGGGGACUGAGCGGGACAGCCGGAGUCUUGUGUUCCCUGAAUCCCGUGACAAACCAAGAGCUGGCUGAGAUCUAGUGCAGUAAAACUGUUGAACGACCGCUCACCUGCCCAGCUCAGUGUGGGGAGGGCUGCAUCUUGGGCUUUUGCUGGGAAGACCACAAAUUAAUUCACCAUGCCACUUCUGCUGGUCAUGUUACUGGUUUAAUUAAAUAAGAGCUUGGGAUGAGUGCUGGCCUCAUAGCUAAGUCAGUGAGGUUGGUAUAGUUGGAGAAGCAAAAAAAAGCAAAUGAGCCCAUAGAAGUACGUGGGGUGGAAAUGGGAGUGUAUGUGAUAAAGUGUAUAUGGCAUGUGGUUAAUCUCGUUAUGGGUGGAAAGCUGGAAACACUCUCUUCAGUGCAUACAUGUGGCUGUUGAAAAAAAUUGGACAGUAUUAAUUUAAAUGCUGCAGAACAACAGUGACUUUUAAAAAGCAGGGUUUUGUUAAUCUGUUAAUAUUAAAUUGAAAGAUGGCAUUACCAUCUCUGCUCUCAACCUUCAGUGCCAAAAAGCAGGUAGAAUAUUGGGGGGACCUGAAAACCUUGAUUCCUCCCACAGAAGAGCUGCUGUGAUGGAGGAAUUUCAGUGGGUGGUUGCUGGGCUGUGCUGGACACACGGGGUUCUGCUGCGAGGAUCGAGGACAAGAACUUUACCAAUAGUGAUGUUCCAAAUGUGAUGUUUCAUAGUCAUGCAGAGGUACAGCAUUCUGCUUUUUCUGCUUAGGAAAUUACAAUAUGCAGCACUACAAGACUGAAUAAUCCAAGUACUAUUGAAAAGACACCUUAUUUUUCCUCCAAGAUUGCUUAAUUAAUUUCCUUCAACUUUUUUAUACUGUUUCAUGAAUGUUAUUUCAAACAACUGUCAAGGGGAAUGUGAGGAGGGAAAAAUGAGCCACCUACAUACUGAUUGUAAUACAAUUGUAUCUCCCUUGAAAAACACUGAAUUAAUAAAAACACGUUAGCCCAUAUACUUGACAGAAAGCAUAUAGGAUAAUCAGACAUGUUUCUGGUCUAGUUAUCCUUAAUGGACUAUUUUCUAAACCUAAAAAUUCUGUAAGUUAAAUAAAAUUGGAAGACAGGCCAGGAUAUUUGAAGCUCUGCUUUCAAACCAGCAAACCCAUCCUGUUUGUGUUGUUGCCUUCUAUCCACACACUUCUUAUGCCAUAUUCCCAUGAAAAUAAAAAUGAGUGCACCUGGUAAUAUGAUGGAUUUGUUUGUGUGAAGGUUACAUCUAUGUGAGGAAAUCUAACAAAACUGGAGAACUGUACAAUAUUUUAUAUGUAGAAGAAAGCUUCUGUGUGAAAUUACAGGGACAGGCUUCCACAUCCCUUUAUUAUCAUGAUUAAACUGAAAGGCUAAAUAUUUGUUGCUCCUAAUGCUUUAGAUACUGUUAGGGUUUGGAGGUGUCUCAUCAAAGACAUUAGACUGAUAAAAAACAAUAUUGUCUCAAUUGAUCAGUGCAAGCAGUUAGAAAAGGCAAAGGGAAGAUCCUGUCUAUUUUAAAGAUGAAAAAUAGAGCUGCUUUAGUGAAAGGAAGGGGAUGGAGUUGGUGGCCGUGGGGUUUAGUGUUCAUAAAGCACUGAUGUGCUCCUGGGCAUCAAGUUGGAAGAUGAGGCUGUUAGAAAUUACUCUAAUUAGGAAGAUUCUUGGGCUGGAGGCCCCAGUUUAGAGCUUUCAGGAGGGUCAGUAUCCAGGAGUUACUCAGCUGCUGGUUGCGCACAGUUAAUGUACAUGACUUCGCGCAGCUCCUGCUCCCAGCUUGGCUUGCUGAGGCAUUUCCUUCCCUCACAAUGCGGAGUGAAUAAUUUACAGAUGAAGUUUGUCUUUUUCUCACAUUUAUAUUUGCCAUUUCAAAAAUCUUUGCUGAAUAAUUUAUCAAAAUAAGCCUUUUUUUUUUUUUUCCUAAGGCAGCUGAAGGAAAAGUUUCUGCUGCCUAGUUGGAGGUUCCCAGAAUCAACUUCCUCCUGUGUAUAAACACCAAUUUAAAGUAUCUGUUUUGUGAAUAUUUGCUGUAACUUGAGUGAGUUACAUCUUAAAAACUUUCUGUUCUGAUGAAUGUUUCUGCCAGGGAAGUUCCCUUUUAAAUAUUUGUGGAAAACACACAAAUGACAAGGAUGCAGUCGAAGUCUUUUAAUUUGCAAAUGCAUUUCAAUAUUCAUGAUGUCUAUUUCAAUAUUAACCCUUUUUGUACUCAUGCGAAUGCAGCAUGUAUGUUUUAAGGUAGAAUACAUCUGUCGUGUUUUGUUUUGUUAUCACAAACAUUGAUUUUGGGAAAAACUAGUGCAUGAUUUGGCCAGCAGAAGUCCUGCUGCCUGAGACCUUAGAGAGAUUGAUAAAUCACGGAGAUUGUCUUCCUCCCCCAACUGUGUGGCGCAAAUAGUGAAUAUUAUGGACAAAUAUGCACAGUGUGUGUGUGUUGGAAAGGCCACUGUGACCCCGCAACUGCCAGUUGAGCUGGGGCUCUAUGGGAUGCAUCUGGCAAUGUCCCUCCUUUUCUGAAUCACUUCUCAUCACACACGGCAUUCAGCAGACUCCAAUCCCAAGCUAUUUGAAGGAAGAUGAGGGUGAAAAGCACUUUGGACCCAGUCAGAAAGAAAAUUCAUUUUCCAUUUGAAAUCAGUGCUGCUGAAAACUAUUCAUCCUCUUUGCUGCUCGACACGUGGCAUCCAGCACUUCUCUCCAUUCAUCUGGUACCUGUCGACAACUCUUCAAAUUGUCUUAUGGGGAAAUUUCCUCCUACAUGUUAUUUGAACAUUUUUUUCCAUGUCCUGAUAAAUGAUGUUGCCAGCAAAGAUUACUUCAUUUCAGGGCUGGCAAACUCUGUUUCUGACCUGACAGCUUGUUGGGAAUGCAAUUGGAAAAAAAACAUGAUAACGUUUUUUAAAAAAAGCAAGAUGGGAUAAAGGGAGAAGAGAGAUUUUUGUCUCCCACCUAGUAGUUGCAGACAGAGGAAUUUCCUGCUUUGAUUAUCUACGGAGUGUGUAAUUUUUCUUAGUGGACCUAUGAUUAGGUACUUAGUGUAUGAGUGUCCCAGGCCACUGGCUUCCCCAGGAUGCUGUGCUGGCACAUGGAGGAAGGUGCCCAGUGUCACCCUGUGAGGAGUGCGGCUGUCCCCUCCGUGGAGCAGUGGAGGAGGUGGUGGGGCGGGAGCCAGGCUCCUCAGGCUUGCAUGCCAUGUGUUUGGUUCCUCUAAAAGGAAAGUCUUUCCCUUUGUUUUCUCUUUGAAGGCACAGACGUUCUUAUCUCCAAAAUGUCCUUGUUGUGCUUUCAGGUUGUGUGAACCACCAUGGUGCUAAAAAACAUCCUGCUGCCUCUGCUGAUUGUUUUGCUGCAGUAGCUGUAGGAGCUGCUAAAUAAGAGCUACUUUGGGUACAGGAGUGGCAUUUUGCAUAACUGAGAUCCUUUGAGAUCCUCUCUAGAUCUAAGCUUACUUUUAGUUUAGUUUGUUUGGAAAUAAUGAGAAUUGCAUUGGUCAAACAGUCCAUAUUUUUGUAAUCUCUAUUUAGUAGCUACUUUCUUCCAGGUGGUGUCUGUCUUCAGGAUGCUGAGCAGAGUCAGUGGCAGUAAGGAACCCUAUUGCACAGAAGUUCAAACCCAAGUGGGAAUAAACAUUAAAGUGACUUUGUUCAAACCAAUAUAAAUUUUUAAAUUAGCUCAGUUUAUUCCAGUUCUUCUGUGUGGGGUGGUGGCGAUGGUAUGAUACAGUGCACUUGUUUUAACUGGUGCAAAAUCGAUAGUAUUGAAAAUAAAGUAGUUUUUCUAUGUGCUUUGUCUUCUAAGCAGAAUCUCUCGAUUAAUUAUAUAGCCCUGAUUUGCUAUCAACGGAGGAAGUAUUCAGAGAUACCUACUAUGAUCUUUUUCUGGAGAUGUCAUAUACACCCUCCAAAAAUAACCUAUUUUUAGCAGCAGAAAAUUCAUCCACUAUUUCAAAGUGUAAUCUCAAAACCUUGUUUUAUUCCUUACUCAAUUAUGGUCAAUAAUCUACUGCUAUACUUGCUUAUCCAUGUAUUCGUUCAGCUGUACUGGGAGAUAUCUUGUUGAAGAAAUUAUUUGAUUACUCAGUAUAAUUGCAAGAUAGUACCUACGCUUUGGGGGAGGGAGGAGGAAAAGUUACUUGUCAAGUUUAUUGAAACUCAUCAGGAAGUCAGCAUAAAACACCCUAAAAGAUCUGAUUUCCAAAACCAACUGAGUGCUUCUGUCCCGGAGUCUGCCCAGUUGGAGAAGUAACCAAGGGCUGACGGUCUUGGCCAGAGGAUCCCUGCGAGGUGACAGGAUGUUCUGGCUGCAAACACGGGCUAGAGAAUAUACCUCUUACCGUGUCAGACAGUGCAGGAGACUGUAGCUCUUAGCUCAGGCCUGUGCAAUAGAAAUAUAUGUAAAAGUUUUCUGGUUUUCCUGUUGGAUGCUGCGCGGGGGAGCUGGGAGGAGGAGAACAGCUGCACCUCCUCAGGCUGAGCUGACUGCUGAAGAAUCAGCACAUUUACCUUGGACUUCAUCCUGACCUUGGAAAUUCCAGGGGAGAGCAGUCAGAUCUGACAAGAAAUCUCUUCAGGACUUUUAUAUUGUGUUUAUUCUCUCUUUAUUUCAAUUACCUAAAUGUUUAUGUAAUUCAAAAAUUGAUUUCAGGGUAGUGAAGAAAGCUAUAGACCAGAUACUAUGUUUUCUUUGCUGCGUCGCCUGUAACUAACAAAGCAACAAUUUAUUAUAGGAUGAAAGCGUAACUAAGAAAUAUGCUGUCAGUGGUGUCAAGAGGAAUGUGGCAUGCUGCACCAUUUCUGAACAUUAAUGCUUUCAUUUAUUUUCAAAUAGUUUGCAGAGCAGCCAACACCUGACAUAUAGACUGUGCGCCAUUAAAUCAAAUUGAAUAAAAUGUCUGAAAGAGUUUUUGGAAUUACUGUACCAUUGAAAGCCUGGACUGUCACUGUAAGGCAAAAGAAGAAACAUAUAUUCUUCAAAUUUUUCUUAUAAGAGGCAGUGCACUUGCCCAUGCACUGUUUGCAUGGAACUUACUCUGGCAAAUUUAAGGUACAUGCUAUUCUACAUAGCAGUGAAGCAUAUCCUUAAGUCUCACUGAAAUAUAGAAUAAGACAAGGAUUACAAGUCCUUCCUGAGGAGCCAUAACAGAACUCAUUAAGGUAUUGCAAGUCAUGCAAUUCAGUGGCCCCAAAAGUAUAAUUUGAUUGUAAUUCAGGAGGUUACUAAAAGGAAAUCCAUACUAGGCUGUAAGAUAAGCAAAAGCAAGAAGGGUAUUUACUAUGAGUGGUUAAAUGUGAGGUGUGUGAGUCCUGUAUCUCUUUUGUCUGCAGUUUAUCACCACUGAAGGCAAGUAGAAGGAGAAUAAUAUCUAGUUCACAAGAGAAGAUUGGAUUAAGCUUUCCCAAAGGUCUUACGGCAGUUAUUUCGAUUUCACUCAUCUGGAUUAACCUCACUCCUUCAAGCUAUUGCCAAAUCUGUAAAGGCAACGCUCCCGGUGCAUGGGAAGGAGGGGAGGAUGGCCAGCAUGUUGGUUCUUUGUGGAAGAAUUUGCCUUUGACUUCUGUAAAAGAAUUAGGAGACCUAGAAAGUCCUACCUGAGUGCAGCACUGCUUUUAUUGCAGAGCUUUAUUUUUCAGAUUCCUUUUUGCUGUGCAAAUUAUUGCUUUGUAAUGGAUGUCUCUUAUAGGUGUUUAUUAGAAUCAUUAUUUAUUAGAAGAAAUCUGGGUGCUCUCAUAUCUUGCUGUGGUUAUACUCACUGCCCUUGCCUUCAGCUCUGGUUACUUCAGUUUAUGUGCAUGAAAUAGCUAAUGAAAUAUUGCUGUGAACUUGAGGUGGCUGAGUUUAUGUUCUAUGAUACUGAUUUUUUUUUUAUGUUAUCUCUUGGUUACUGUGUACAACCUUGGAAUAAGCCCUUUCUAAAGUACACCUGAAUGAAAGGCAGAUGCAAGAAGUGUAAUGAAGAGCAAUGUUUCCUUGGCUGCAGACAAGCGUGUGGGGAUGCCUGAUGUGCUGAACGUGCAGCCUGUCCAAGGUCACAGACAGGCAGCAACAUCGACAAAGACAACGCAGACACCUGCCAUGUACAUGCGAGAGACUGACACUGCUAAAAAAAUUCAGAGAGAUAAUAUAGAGCACCAAGUACUGGUGUUUCCAAUUCACUUUCAUUGUAUGAAACCCUAAAUUUAACUUUCAUUGUAGGAAUCAAGAGGAAAAAGGCAGAAUCCUACCUGGGCACUGUGCAACUUGGAAGUAGCCCCAGGGUUUCUGUAUUUUAUUUCUGUGUGAGAAGGACUUCUGUAGCAGCAGAGCACAGGGUGCACUUGAUCCUGCUCUGGCACGGGGCAAGGAUGCUUCUGCUGCUGAUACGGUGAAAUCCAGUCUCUGUCAGUGCCUCUGUUCCAUCUGUGUUCUAUUAAUUUUAGUAGAAAUGAUGCAGUCUGGUUGCAAGGUGGUUCUCAAUCGUAAGUAUUACAUUAUGCAGAAUGGGUUAUCCAAGCAAAGGCUGAUUAUGCAGAGGAGAUGAUUUUGUGGUUCAUAAGUAUUUACUAUCCAAAUAUUUGAAUUUUUUCUUAGCCUUUUUCAAAUAUAUCAUCAUUUGCUUUACACCCAUGUGUGUAAAAAAGAGAAUGCACUUACAGAAUACUAUGUUUUACUAUUCCAGUGAUAGCUUAACUUAGAAGAAGUGAUAGCAAAUAGAUACUUAUCACUUUCCAGAAAAUACCACACUGUUUGCAAAUGGAACAGGAGAAAACCUCUGCAUCUUGGAGGCUUUGACAGGUAACUGCAAGUAAGGUUAUACCAGCCCUUGGAGCUGAAAUGAGGGGCAGCUUUCCCUGCUUUUUCAUUUUGAGGAGACAGGCAGUGACUCUUUCUUGACCACUAACACACAGUACUGAUCAGCACAGCAUCUUCCCAUUUCUGUCAGCCCUUUGAUUUUCAAGGACCACGCAGUUCUUUUUCUAACACUUAUUUUCUCUCUGGUUACUGUUGGAACUGCUGCAUCUUCUUUGACCUCCUGGGCACUAUGAGACAUCUCCUAGAUGUUGAAUCUUGUCAUUUUUGAUAAAUCUCUGUGAAUCACAGAGCUCAGCUGAAACUGCAGCUCAGUAUCCUAAAGUACCAGUUUAAUCUAUUUCUAGCAUUGGAAAAAAAGUGGGGGAAAGUGAGAAAACUCACAGCUUUAUGCCAGUAAUAAUGAUGGGAAUGAACUGGGUUUCAGAAAAUAAUUUAAUCCCUGGCAUAUUGGAGAUGGCUUUUGAGUGUCAUGUUCAACAGAGCCUGAGACGCAGGAAGAGUCCUGUUUCCAUGGCUUGUAUUGAAAAAAACGAGACUUUUUUUCCUCUAAAAGUUCAUUAGAGGGCAGUUUUAUUUUACGUUUUUCCAGACUGAAACUGCAGGUUGGACAACCUUCUCUUGGAAAUCCUGGGGAUUUCAUCAAAUGACUUCUCAUGUAUGUGCCCUUUGUCUUGUUUUAUCUGAGCUUGUGUUCUGGAGGGGUUUGAGUAUUAAUCAUGAUGGUGGAGAGACCGAUGGCCAUUCUUUUUAAGAAAUGAUUCAUUGCUCACCAGGAGAGCUGGAGGAAGCUUUUAAAGACAAAAAUGGGUGCUGGCUACCUAUUUGCUGUUGGAAAGCCAGCAAAAUUAGAUGUCUGUGUCUUAGUCUUUGAAAUGUCCCUCUGGGUUUGCCAGGGUAAGAGGACAAAUUUCACUACUCUUCUCAUAAUUCUGUUGGGGUUACGACAGCCCUUAACGCAGCAAUUGCCAUCAAAUGUCAGACAAAUGGCAGAAUAGAGGAGAAUUAGAAUUUGGAUGCCGUAUCUGCCUGGUUCUCUGGUUCAGACAGAGU